AUGAUAAAACCCUUCCCAUACCCCCUAAACAUAGGAACCGACAUCGUCCACCUCCCACGCAUAACACGCCUCCUCACCCACCGACCCAACUACCUCAACCGCUUCACGCGACGCAUCCUCUGCGACUCAGAGCAGGAGGACUUUCGAACGCGAUUCCGCAUUACCAAUAUCAAUACGAACGAAUAUUCCAAUCACAAUGUUGUCUCUGUAUCUCCCGAUAUGAUCCGUUGGCUGGCGGGUAGAUUCGCCGCGAAAGAAGCAGCCAAGAAGGCCGCGCCGCUCGGGGCUGCCGGGGUGGGAUGGAAGGAUGUUCUUGUUCGGGUUCCGAGGGAUGAUGAGGAUAAUUCAGGGGUAGCUUUAGGGUCUGGGAGGCCUGAGAUUGUGUAUUUGGAUCGUCCGAUGACUGGUGAUGCGCAAUGGGUCCAAGCAGAGGCUCGAGGAGCAAAGGGGAGGGUUGGGAAACUGUCCAUUUCUCACGAUGGGGAUUAUGUGGUUGCUACUGUUCUUGCUGUUGGGUGA